UAAAAAAACCUAAACCCGGAUCCAUUGUCGUAUGACCCUCACUCUUUCUCCAACUGUAACCCUAGAACCUGGUUUUGCAUGCGAUAUAAAGCUGCCAACAGCCAUUUAUAUUCAAGGACUUCUUCCCUCACCGCUCCAGAUCCAUAGCAUCUCUGUUUACAGGGAAAAAAGAAAAAAGAAAAAGGGAGAGAGAAUGAAGGUAGUUGCUGCAUAUUUGUUGGCAGUAUUGGGAGGCAACACCUCCCCUUCUGCUGAUGAUCUUAAGGACAUUCUUGGGUCUGUUGGAGCUGAAGCUGAGGAUGAAAGGAUUCAACUUCUUUUAUCUGAGGUCAAGGGAAAAGAUAUAACAGAGCUUAUUGCAUCUGGGAGGGAAAAGCUUGCCUCUGUUCCUUCUGGUGGUGGUGUUGCUGUUGCAGCUGCUGCACCAAGUGCUGGUGCUGCUGCCGCUCCAGCUGCUCCUGAGACUAAGAAGGAAGAGAAAGUUGAGGAGAAAGAGGAAUCCGAUGAUGAUAUGGGCUUCAGCCUCUUUGAUUAAAAUGUUGAUUGGUUUCUGCAGAGAUUUUUUUUUUUAAUUUAAGGCUGGCUUACAUUUUAAAGUUUUGUUAUCCAGUGUUAUGUAGGUUUUUUUUUUUUUGGAUUCAUAGAUUUGGUGGACUUUUUUUUUUUGCUGAAAUCUAAUGUUGCAUGGGAAUUUCAGAGUUGGUUAUUAUGAUUUUCUUGAAUCUCACGUCUAAUGAUGAUGAAGAUUGAAGAAAAGUAUAUGAAUUCUCUGCAAUAUUAUUGUGUAAGUUUUGAAAGAAUCACAGUGACUAUUCUGUUUUGUGAA